GGAAUGAAAUUGUUCCCCUCCAGAGGGCGCCACAUGUAAAAAAAUUCUCUUCGUCCAACGCGUUCCUGUGGCAUAGGCAUUUUAGUUGAUCACCGUAACUUGAUAGAUCACCAGCCAAAAUGUCUGGAGGCAGUGGCGUACUCAAAUUAAAGGAGGAGGAUGUUGUUAAGUUCCUAGCAUGUUCAACUCAUUUGGGAACAAGUAAUGUGAAUUUCCAGAUGGAGCAGUACAUCUACAAGAGGAAGGCUGAUGGUGUUCACAUCAUCAACCUGAAGAAGACCUGGGAUAAGCUGAUGCUCGCUGCGCGUGCGAUCGUUGCCAUCGAGCAUCCCGCCGACGUGUGUGUCAUCUCGUCACGCUCCUUCGGGCAGAGGGCUGUUCUGAAGUUUGCUGCUGCCACUGGCGCCAACCCCAUUGCUGGCCGCUUCACUCCCGGCACGUUCACCAAUCAGAUCCAGGCUGCAUUCAGAGAGCCGCGAAUGUUGGUCGUAUGUGACCCACGGGCUGACCACCAGCCAAUCACUGAGGCAUCGUACGUCAAUAUCCCAGUGAUCUCGUUCUGCAACUCCGACUCCCCGCUGCGCUAUGUUGACGUUGCAAUUCCAUGCAACAACAAGGGUGUGCACUCCAUCGGUUUGAUGUGGUGGCUACUGGCACGGGAGGUGCUGCGUCUGAGAGGAACCAUUAGCCGUGAGGUGCCCUGGGAUGUCAUGGUGGACAUGUACUUCUAUCGUGACCCGGAAGAGCAAGAGAAGGCUGAGCAGGAACAGCAGGAGCGUGCCAUUAAGGAACCGGAGCACGUUCCCCAGCCCGACUUUGCCGCACCCGAGGCAGCUGCUGAGUGGACAGAGCCGCCGAUGGCAGCAGCGCCCAUGGACUGGGCUGCAGAGGGCGUUGCUGUGCCUCCCGUCCCUGUGCAGACGUUCACCCCUGCUACCGGCAAUGAGAAGUGGACUGGUGUUGCUGCUGCUGCUGCGCCUGUGGCUGCAGCCGCCCCUGCUGAGACGGACGAUUGGUCCGCCUCCCCAGCACCUCCUACUGCUACAACUGAGUGGGGUGGCACUGGAUCUGAGAACUGGGGUUAGAUGCUGAAGAAAUAAAUGCAGAACCAGCAUUCAGAAUGACAACUUGUGAUGAAAGCAAAGCAGUGGUGUUCUUUGGAAUAAAGUUGUCUUCCUUAACAUUUAAAA